UUCGAAUUAUCACGGGAAGAUAAUAUCGGAGUCUUUUUUGUCGACCUCAUGCCUGGGUACCUUGUAACCUUGGCAAUGGGCUUAUUUGAAAAUGGCGUCCGAACAGUGGUUGAGUGUUUUACAGAAAGCCAAGAAGACAGCUAUUAUUCAAGACGGAAAACGCAAAGUUCAUUUUUUACUGGAAGAUGGUAGGGAACUUGUAGAAGAGUACAACCUGGAGACGAAUGUCGUGACGAGAAGAGCAUGGAGAGAAAAGGGGAAACUGGGUCAGGAUGUUGGGUGGGUAGUGGAGAUUGGAGAUCCAGAACCUAAAAGAGAGGACAAUCUGGACAUCAGUGGCAUUCGAGAAAGUUCGUCUGCUCCCAUCGUGUCCAGGAGAAUCACAAAAACUGGCUUAGAAUGGAGGAUAAGAAACCUUCCCUAUCCCAAGGAGGUUUACUCCAUCACUGCUGACGGUGGACUCCUGAUUGUUCGUACGAGUAACAAAAAAUACUUCAAGAAACUGAACAUUCCAGAUCUGGACAGAGUGGGCCUGAAGCCUGACCAGGACAGAAUCUCUUUUACACAUCAGUUCAAUACUCUAGUCAUAACGUACAAGAAACCUGCAGCUCUCCUCGAUCUCGAAAAGAAAAUUCUGACCGAGGUGAUGAACCUGAAAGCCUCCAGCGAGGGAGACGUGCAAUGUCCAACGAGUUAAUUAAUAAAAAAAAACAAAAAUUAAUUUUAUCAGAUG